GACAGGACAUGAAUUAAAAGCAAACUGAUGAAAAGCAAGUUUCAUGAUGAAAUUUAACUGUUUAUUGAUCUGACCGGAUAUAUUUUAUUACGUCACUUACGUGAGAAUGGGAGACUUGCAGCGGAUCUGCCGGGGGCUGUCACUUUUGCUCAGUAUACUUGUAAUUUCCUUUUCAGGUCUCAGCCAAAGCAGCCCAGGUGCUAUCACGCUUAUAAAUCCACAUGAAUCUCCCCUCUCAGUCCACCCGCUGUGGGUCCAGUACUCCUGCAGUCAGUCAUCACUGGUCAACCUGCAGGCUUUGGUCUCUUUCGACACCGGAACCACGUCUGUGAUCUUCCAGAGAUGGUGGAAAUGUUCUCCUGAUUCCCACAGCACCCGUGUUGUGAAGAUGCAUCUCCCUGACUGGUUGGUUUAUCAGCCUGACUGGGCGAUCCCCAUGUCUGACUGGGUGCUUAGCUGUUUUGUCCGUGUCUGGAUGAGCAGCGGCAUAUCGUCUGAGCCAAGCAGGGAGUCUCUGACCAGUGUAAAAACAUUGACAGUCCUUAAUCCUCUGAGUCGACCAUUUAAAGAGCACCUGCUUUGUCCUAGCUGGGAGACGGAGGUGCUUUGGAAAACUUUUGGAUGGAAAUCAGUGUGUCCAGAAGAAAAUGAAGUCGCCACUUUGCUCUCUUCGCUCUACGCGUCCACUGGAGAGAACUUUGGCAUCACUAGAACCCUCCAUCCGUACACAAGCAGAGUGCUGGAAAGACAGCGCAUUAAUGCCAUUACGUAUCCAUGGUGCGCCUUCUCACUUUGGGUUUUAUUGGAAAGUCAAUGUAAAAAUCAUCUGUGUGGGAUUUUACACCAUGUAGACAUGAAGGACAACUACGCCAGUCCAUCUUUGUUUCUCAAACAUACAGGUCACAUCCACGUGCAGCUGGAAUUAGAGAAAGGUUCGGCUUCAGCAUUUCUGUCGUCCUUCACACUUCCUUUGCACCGUUGGUGCCAUGUGAUUCUAGAGCUGACAGGAAGGAUGGGGAAACUCACAGUAGCGUGUCUUAAGGAACAUGGAGAACCAGUUGUCGGCUCAUCAGAAUACACGUUCAGUUCGACAGUAAAGAUAGAUGAUACAGAGGGAUACUUUGUGGUUGGUGGAGGCAAAUUUGUACGAGGCAUCGAAGGCUUUUAUGGUCCAGUCACAUAUUACAGAACAAAAACACCGGCUUUUAACCUGUCUGAGCUCCAGCCCCCUCAGGCAGUGCGAUCAGUGAAUAUAUCAGGAUGGUUACAAUCCUGUCAGCAAUUUCAAACUGACCUUGAACAUAAGAUAUUGGAAUAUUCAAGUGAAAAUUAUGUAAAGACACUAAGAGAGAGUUGUAUGGAUGUUUACACCGAGCUGACAAUGAAAACCAGACCAGCAUCCUCAAAGACACAAUGCAGCUCUGACGAAGCACUACACAGUCCUCAGAGACGACCGGUGGCUCGGCUGGUUGAGAAAAUAUUCAACAAAUAUGGCUCUGUGAGUCCAGCAGUCGUUGGUCGAGCAUUGUAUGCUGCCGUGCUGCGUACGAUGGAGACAGAAGAGAGAGUGAAGACACUAAGCAGGCUGAUGCCUUCUCUUUUACAAGCAGGGUGUUUAGGAGACAACCGCGCUCUUCACCUCGCUUCUGUGCUCUACAGCAGUGGACUUGGUGUUAGGAAGCAGCCCUACAAGGCUUGGCUGCUGUCAUUGUUGGGAGCUCAAAAGGACUGGAGACUGGCUCUCCUCCGGCUGGGGCACCUGCACCAUGUUGGUGAUCAGGGCGUAGAAGCAGAUCCUGACCUCAGCUAUGCCUACUAUUCCAACAUCGCCAAACAAACCUCUGUUGACCGUGCCAAGCCUUCCCCACAGCAGACGUUUGUCGAGUCAAUACACCUACAUGAUGAGGAAACCCUGAAAGCUCAAACCAAUGAGAAUGACGAUAUCUUCCGUUGGCUUAAACUCCAGGCACGCAAUGGCGUAGCAGAUGCAGAGCGAGCAGUGGCUCGGAUGCUGUUCUGGGGUCAGCAAGGCGUAAGUCCGGAUAUCCUUACGGCAGUCAGGCACUAUGAGAGAGGUGCCACCAGACUGCAGGAUCCUGUGUCUAUGUACGACUACGCCAUUGUUCUGCUCAUGGGCCAAGGAGUUCCACAAGACGUGCCAAAAGCUGUCUCUUUCCUGGAAAAAGCAGCGGAACAGGGCUUCGCUCCAGCCAUCACGGCUUUGGGUUGGUACUAUGAGCAGUUUGAACAGGACUAUGAGCGAGCAGUGGAGCUCUGGGAACAGGCCGAUCAGCUGGAGCAUCCAGACGCUGCUAUGAACCUAGGAGUCCUUCACUUGCAAGGUCUUUAUCCGGGACAACAACCGGACAAAGUUAAGGCGUAUAAAUACUUUCUGAAAUCGGCCCAGAGAGGCCACAUAAACGGAGGCAUCGAACUAGCUGACAUUUGGAGUCGAGGUAUUCCAGGCUACGUAGAGCGACAUCCAUCAGGUGCUGUUCUGUGGGUGAAGUGGGCAUCUGAGCAGAAUGGAUAUCUUGGUGCAGCUUUAAGGAAAGGACUAAAUGCCUAUCUUAAGGGAAACUGGUUGAUGGCUUUAAUUCAUUACUUGAUAUGUGCUGAGAGUGGAUUUAAAGCAGCUCAGUUCAACGUAGCGUUCCUGUGUGAACACAGUCCUCAUGGAUCCUUGAACCCCGCCUUUUCGAAACAGUGUAUGUUACGAUACUACAAUCUCUCCAUUCAGAACCAAGAUCCUUCACCUUAUGCUUUGGUUAAAGUGGGAGACCUGUUCUAUGAGGAGCAUAUACAAGGCAAGAGAGAUCUUUCAGAUGUAGCCGAGAUGUACAAAAGAGCGGCGCUCAAGAACGACCCACAGGCCUGGUACAGUCUGGGGUUGCUUGUUCAGGAAGGUCACAGAUUACCAGCCACGGUCCUGUCUGAGCUAGAACUGCUGCAGCAUUACUUUUCAGACAAAUACACCAUUCUUACCAGCCUGUACCAGAGAUGUCGAGACACUAACAGUGAUGAGGCGUACCUCCCAUGUACUCUUGCUCUUCUCACUACACACUUAUACUCCAUACAGACGUUUGAACCUGCUACAGUGAAGCUCCUGAGCGCCGUGGCGGUGGCUGUCGCGACCCUCUCCUUUUUCAAACUGAUCCCUGUAAUAUGUCAUCAGAGGUCAGGAUCGAGCCUUCAGAGCUCGGCGCCGUCCGAGGGCAGUGAAACACCAGAACAGGACGGGACUCCGGUGGAGUGAUUCAACGUUAAUAAAAAGAAAACUGAACAACAAAACAUGAAGGAAGAGAAACCAUGAGUAUUUCAUUUGAUCAUGCUUUGAAAAACUGCUGUUUUUAAUCAUUUACUGUUACAUUUCUUUGUUCUACUGAAAUGUUAAAAACUGAUUUCCUUUUUACACUAAAGCUGUAAAUUUUUUUUUUUUUUUUAAAUAGUCUUACCUUAUUGGUUUGCAUGUCAUCGUUUAUAUUAACUGUAUAUUUAAUUUAAAGUGACAGAAAUAAAGUGCUUGUGGGGGUGGGAAUAUUUUUGUAUAACUGCACAUCUUGGAAUUUUUUUUUUUCUCUACUACCACAGUGAGUGAUAGUUACAAUUUAUGACAUCAUGUUUACAGUACUGUAUAAGUCCAUUAGCAGUUGUGUUGAUAAUUAUAGUCUAUUAAAGAAAGUAGUCUCUUAUAUUACAGCAGCCGUAAACACUCGUUCUGACCAACCAGAAUGAACCAGUUCUGACAAAACAGAAGCAAAAGUAAGGAGCCCUAAGCACAGAAUUUUCACUCAUUCUCUAUACUGCUUAUAAUGCACAGGGUUACGGGGGGCCUGGAGCCUAUCCCAGUGGACUGUGGGCACUAGCAGGCAUGGCGAGAACAUGCAAACUCCACAUGCACGGACCUAAAGCAGGGAUCAAACCCUAAGCCAUGAAGGUGCAAGGCCAAUGUGCUAACGAUUACGCCACCAUGGCACCAAAUUAAAAUUUACUAUAACGUCCAGGACAUUCUUGCUUACUUAUACUGAUAUUUACUUGUGAGCAAAA